GGAUUCCAUCCCUGUCCCCAACGUCCCCACCCCUGGGUCCCCCCGUGGUGUCCCCGCUGUCCCUGGCGUUGCCAGCCCCAGAGCUGUCCCCACGCGUGUCACCCGGGGAUGUCACCCCCGCGCAGGGCGGGAACUGGGGGUGCCCAUCCCUGUCCCCAGCGUCCCCUCGUGGCGUCCCCGGUGGUGCCACCCGCGGGGAACCCCAGAGCUGUCCCCACGGGUGUCCCCAGCGUCCCCCGGAGAUGUCCCCCCCACCCCGCGCAGGGCGGGACUGGGGGUGUCCCCGGCGUGUCGCCGCGGUGUCCCCACGCCGUGUCCCCCCCAGCGCUGCUGGAGGCCACGCGGGUGCUGCUGCUGCUCUCGGUGGUCGCGGCGGCCGCGGGGGUCGCGCUGGGGCUGCCCCUGGGGACCCGCGGGGCCCGGCGGGCGCGGGAACGAGCGGCCGGGGCCACCCUGCUGCUGGCGGGGCUGCUGGCGCUCGCGGGGCUCGGGCUGGGCUCGGGGGGGUCUCUGGCCCUGCUGGGGCCCCCCCGCAGCUCCUGGAGCUUCUCCUGGUCCUUCAUCCUGGCCUGGGUGGCGGCGGCGCUGCUGGGCUCGGCCGGGAUUUUCCACAUCUGCUCCGCUUCCAAGGAUCCGUCCCCGGAGAGCUCCGAAGCUGGGGGGUCUUGAGAGGUCCUGGGGGGGGGGGUCGCCGUUUUCCCUCCCCCAAUUUUGGGGUCCCCCGGGUGCGCUCAGCUGGGUCUGGCCUCUG